CCAAGAUUUAACUCCAACAACCCCCAUCGACAACGUAUCCUGUUCAUAUCCUGCAGCAUUACAACCAUCCGCGACCGUCCUUCGGCGAUUACUCGGACAUUCCGCCUCACUAACUUCUUUCGACCGACCGCACUUUCUACAGCAUCAGUCAACUCUCGCCGACACAAUGGGGAAAGAUAGAAAGGUCGCCGAUGACUUCCAAAAGCUCAUUCAGGCGGACCGCGAGAAGAAAAAGAACGAGGCCCUCGCGGCCAGGAUCUUUAACCGGACCAGCACGCCCGUCUCGACGCCCAAACAGACCACCGGUGGUUCGCUUGCAAGUCGCACCGGCGUCAAGAAGCAACGCGGCGGCGGCCCCCAGUCAGCACCUUCGAAGAACAACAACGAGAGAGUCGGCUCAUGGACCGUUGAUCUUGGUCCUGGCUCAAGGUCCGCCAACAAUACCCCCAAGUCCGGUGGCCUUGCGGCGCGCAUCACCAACCCAAAUGCUGGACCUGCGGGUAACCCCCGCCAGAAAAGGCGGGCUGCGCAGAUGGCGGAGGCGAUCAUUAGGAAUGAGUUCCAGGAGCAGUCGGAUCAGCGCAGGCAGCAAGGUCAACAGAGGCGCCAGCAACACCAGCAACAGCACCAAGCCCCUGCCAAUGCGCCCAAGGGACCGGCAGCUGCGUCAGUUCCUACGGGUCCUAGCAGCAAGGGAUUUACAAUCAGGGGUCUGGCAGGACCUUUUGCGGUAAUGGCGCAGAACUUUGCUCCCGGAACGACAGCGGCCGAUAUCGAGAACGCCAUGACCCCCAUUGGCGGCCUAAUACUCAGCUGUCGUAUCAUGAAGCACCACCCGAUUGUUAUCGCCGAGAUUGUGUUUGAAAGCAAGGAGGGUGCCGACAAUGUGAUUGCUACAUUCGACAAGCAGACAGCCGACGGUCGUGUUCUUAGUGUGUAUCACAAACCAAGCGGUCCUACGUACCCCCUAACCUCCCAGCUACCUCCGUCUCGCGCCCCCACCGGCCCCCGCUCUCAACGCUCGAACGACUACUAUCCCGAGGAUGAUCUGAUUGACGGUACUUUGGGUUUCGAAGACGCUAUGGAGGAGGACGACCUGAUGGCUAAUGGCAACGGACGGCAGCCACCCAGGGGACCGGCAGCUAUGAAUGGCGGCGGCACUGGCGGGCUUUAUAGCGACCAGCUGGUCCGCAAUAGAAAGGGCAGAGGUUUCAAUGGCAACGGCGGGAGAUACUAGUACCCUCGGAGGGGAAGCUGUUUCGUAAGAUCGAGAUUGAACAAGGGAUAAUGUGCCGGUAUGGGUUAGGGUCCCCUGAAUGCGCCAUCACAAUACAUUGGAAUGAAGGACAGCCGAGCAGGAAGAGGAGGCCACAAGGGAAUUUUAGGAACUAAACAAUAGACACUCAGGAUGGUGCACGUGUGGAUUUGUUUAUCAACCCUGUUUGGCAGGAAGGCGCAUAUGGCGUUAAUACGGAAGGGAAAGGCCGGCAGGCAGGGGCUUGCCUUUUGUAUGAAAGUGAAGAAUAUUGUACGCUUAUGAACGUCUCCUAAGCAUCAGUCGAUGGAGCACCAGCAAGUCCCCUGAAAAGGGGGAAAAGGGGAAAAGGGUGUUAACAAUCACCACACAUUAGAGCG